CGCGCCUUUAAUUAUUGUUUCAUUUCCAAGUUACUUAUACUAGUUUAUUGUGAAACGUGGAGUAAUUAUGUCCCCUUACAAAAUUGCCUGGCAGAUUGAAUUUGCCCAUGCAGAGAGUUUGUUGCCCAUUUUGAUGUCCUGACAAAACAACUUGACCAUGCCAUCUGAACAAGGCCUGGUGACACUGGAUGAUGUCCUGAGAGCCAAAGAAGUUCUGAAGAGUAGCUCUCUGGGUGUGUGCAGGACACCGUUGAUAAAAAACACUGACAUGUUCCCAGGCUUAGAGAAUUCUGAGGUGUACCUGAAACUGGAAAACAUGCAGACUACUGGUUCUUUUAAGAUCCGAGGAGUAGCCAACCAGAUGGCUGUUAUCCCAGAGGAAGUAAAACGAGGGGAGAAAAAGUUAGUUACAAUAUCUGCUGGAAAUUAUGGGAAGGCGUUCGCUUAUGCCCUCAACAAGUUUAGUCUUCCUGGACUCUGCCUGAUGCCUUUAACAGCACCUUCAAGUCGCGUUCAGCUCAUCAAGGGUUGUGGUGUUGAUGUAGAACAGCUCCCCACCAGUGAUUUAAUGUUGACAGUGGAUAAAUACGUAGCAGAAAAAGGCUACACUUUCCUGCAUUCAUUUGAUGAAUCCAACCUCAUUGCUGGUUAUGGAAGUGCAUCUCUAGAGAUUCUGGAGGAUGGUGUUAAGCCUGAUGUUGUGAUUGUCUGCUGUGGAGGAGGAGGGCUGGUGUCUGGUGUGGCUGCAACCUUUAAACUGUCUGGGCUUCCCAACUGUAGAGUGUAUGCUGUGGAACCAGAGGGGUCUCCUACCAUGUAUGAAAGUUUUAAGAAAGGUGAGGCUGUCACCAUACCGACAGUAAAAUCUGUAGCUGGAGGUCUCUCGCCGCCAUUUGCAGGCAAACUGACGUACCAACACUGUAAAAGAUUUGUGGAGGAUGUUGUCUUGGUUACGGACAAAGAAUUAAUAGAGACCAUGGCAAUGUUUUACAAGCGUGGAUUGGUUGUAGAACCCUCCGGAUGUGCUGCUAUGGCUGCUCUUAUCAACGGACACAUUCCUGACGUAGCCGGGAAAAAGGUUGUGGUUUUCGUGACAGGAGGGAAUGUCACGCCCGAAGAGAUGGCAGUUCACCUCAAAUAAAGAAAUCUGUAUCGCCGUGAAGCUUGUAAUUUUUAAUUAUGUGAUGAAAAUCAAUCCUUAUCUGUGAUUAACAAAAUUUCCAAUAUUUUUUAUAUCAUGUAAUUAUGUUUAAUUAUUAUCUUCAAGUUCCUAACGGGAAUUUCCGUCGUUUUCCAAGAUGGCGGACAUUGAGAAUUGACGAUCUUUUUUUCUGUAAAAAAAUAAUCGAAAAUGUCUCUACCUGUAUAAUUUGCGCACCCCCAACUUAAAACUUUAUUUCAGUACAAAAAAACUGUGCAAAUUACAUUGCACUAUAAGGUUUUAGUUCCAUGAUAAUAUAUAUAUAUUGGAUCUUAAAUGAGUUUUCAUAUCAUGAGAUUUUAUGAAACCAUUCUUAUAAUUUUUUUUCUUCAAUUUUUGCCAGUCUUGGAAAGUAAAUGUAACAGAGCGCAGGAAUUAUAUAAAUUUAAAUCACUGCCUCCGCUAGGGAUCGAACCCGGGACCUCUGGCUUACUAGUCUCACGCUCAACCGAUCGAGCUAAAGAGAAGAUCUCUCUAGCCGAGCGGUAUAUUGCGGCUAGUAUUUACCAGGGUUACAUAAAUAUGAAAACUUGGAGACAAGUUUCAUAAAAUCUCAUACAAGAUAAUAACAAAUUUAAGAUACUUUUUAUCGCGUACCUUGGUUGGUCUAUUACCAGAUUAACAGUAAAUACAAUUCCAAUCCCAAGUGUGAGUGAAUGUGAGAUAUCCAUAUUUUCUAGAAUGACUAAUCACUGUGCCUGGAAUGGUACUGCUUUUCCACAUAGAAAUCCAGAGGUUUGUAAAUAUGCUUGAUUGAAGAAUUUGAAGUUGAUUUGGUGCAAUAAUAUUUUAUGUGAAUUAAUCAUGAAUCUAAUCAAGUAAGAAUAUUUUAUAAUGAUGACAUUAAUGUUUUCCUGUGUUUUGUAGCAGAAAAUGUUUAGAGAGUUGUGUUGACAAUAUAUAAGAAUUUUGUCAAAAUACAUUGUAAUAUAUAUUUUUUAACUCAUUGUUAUUGAUUUAAUUAAAAGUGUUGAUCCGCUUAAUUUUGAUGUGUUGAAAUACUAAACCAUUGGGUUCUUUGCUUAACAAUGUAUUAUUGAUAAGUUCGUGUUUGUUUGGUCAUAUCUUCUUGAACGCCUUACACUUUACAAAUGUCAAUCAUACACUUGUUAAAAUGCCUAAUAAAACAUGGAAAUGUGAUUCAGUCUCUUGCAUUUAUUAAGAAAAUAUCCUACUCAAAAUAUGUUUUCAUUGCUUUCAACUACACUACACUCUGUGCACACUCUGGUUCUCCUACUCGAACUUCCUGGCUGCCAGGAGGGAAAGACGAAAUACAGGAAUCGGGCUCUCCUCACUGGAAGCAAUUGUAGCGGGACUGGACUGGGUCGAUCAUCGGUGACCAGGUAGCUCAAUUGGUAGAGCAUCUGGCCAGUGUUCGGAGGUCUCGGGUUCAAACCCCAGUCGGGCUGCUACAUUUUCUCCUCUCCUGUUACACAAUAAAUGACUUCAAAAUAAGGAAGACUUUGUCUCACACCAAUAGGUAUGGCUUAUAUGAUGGCAGCUAGACCUGCAAAUUUGCAUUUAGAUUGUGAUUGAAAAAUGGCCCUGGUAUACAUUGAAAACCUAAAUUAUCAAAAUCAAUAAAUUUAAAAUUACAAGGCUGGUUAAUUCAUUUCUUCAUCCUCCAUUGGGACUGGCCUAAUCAUUGAAAACCUAAAUUACUGAAAUUAAUAAAUUUAAAAUUACAAGGCUGGUUGAUUCACUUCUUCAUCCUCCAUUGGGACUGGCCUAAGAGUGAGACUUUUAUGGAGAGUACACAUACAACAACAUUUAUACUUAAUUGAAAUAAAAUAGCAAUUUAUUUACAUGAUACAAAUUUAUUACAAAUUCAAUACAAUGCUUGGUAACAAAAUUAAAAAAAAUAUAUAUGCAACCUUUAAAAAUUCAGCUAAGCUGUAUUUAUAGAAUUAAUGAUAGUUAUAAACUGGUAGAUACUAGUUUAUUACGAACCAUUAAUUCAGGAGUAUUACAAGAUAAAAAUUUCCAAAAUUAAUAUAAAUACACUGUUUAGUUGUUAAAUAUCACGGGUAUAAUAUUUUGCGGCUGCCCCAGUCUGACCUAAUUUGAAGCUGAUAGAUUUCGCACAACUACACCUUGUAAAUAUUUUGCAGUAAACUUUACAAUUCUAUACAUGUUUAAGUAUAUAAAGCUGCAAAUUUAUUUUUGUCCUAUAUUUAAAGACCACCAAUAUCGAAAUUAAAUCCCCCACAAAUUUUACCAACUAUACAGUAUAUUGAAAUCUAUAAAAAA